AUGCCGCAGGAGCCGCCCAGUAUAUCGGCGGCCGUCCCCGGGCCCCGUCCCAGCAGCGCCGCGCCGGCCCCGCCCGACGCCAAGGUCAUCGACAAACACUCCGUGGAGUACGUGGUGCGGUCCGGCGUGGCCGGCGGGCUUUCCGGAAGCGCGGCCAAGACGCUCAUCGCGCCGUUGGACCGCAUCAAGAUCUUGUUCCAGACGUCCAGCCCGGAGUUCGUGCAGUUCCGCGGGCUGCUCGGCGGGUUGCUCUUGGCGGGCAACCGCAUCUGCGCGGCCGAGGGCCCCGCGGGCUUGUUCCACGGGCACCUGGUCACGCUCCUCCGCGUGUUCCCGUACGCGGCCAUCAAGUUCGUGGCGUACGAGCAGAUCCGCAGCAUGUUGAUCCCCAACGACCGCCACGAGACCGCGGCGCGCCGCUUCAUGGCCGGCCUGCUCCUGGGCUUGGCGUCCGUGUUCCUCACGUACCCGCUCGACCUCGUGCGCGUGCGCAUGGCCUUCGACACCACGCCCAUGGCGCCGGGCCCGGCGCGGCGCCGCAGCUUGUGGGCGAUCGUCCGCGCCGUGUACGCCGAGCACCCGCCGCGCCGGCCGCUGGACCCGCGGUGGCUCCGGCUCACGCGGCAGAAGGUGCCGCCGGCGCUCGUGCCGCUCUCCAACUUCUACCGCGGCUUCGGGCCCACGAUCCUCGGCAUGGUGCCGUACGCGGGCGUGUCGUUCUACGUGCACGACGCGAUCCAUGACCUCUUCCGCCUGGGCCUCUUGGCCGCGUACUUGGUGCUGCGGCCCGCGGCCCCGCCGAGCGGGCCCCGCGUGGUCAAGGUCAAGGACCGCCAGCAGCACGUGAGCAGCCGUGACUCGCGCGUGCCGCUCAAGGCGUACGCGCAGCUCGCGGCGGGCGGCUUUGCGGGCAUGUUUGCGCAGACGGCCGCCUACCCGUUCGAGGUGAUCCGGCGCCGCAUGCAGGUGGGCGGCGCCGUGGACCUGGGCCGCUUCAUGACGUUCCGCACGACGACGCGCUUGAUCUUCGCGGAGAACGGCGUGCGCGGCUUCUUCGUGGGCUUGUCCAUCGGCUACAUCAAGGUGAUCCCGAUGACCGCGUGCGCGUUCUACGUGUACGAGCGGGCAAAGCUGCUCCUCGGCAUCUAG